AUCUUCUGUUUAAAGAACAUCAGCCCACAAGUUAUUUUAUCUUCUAACUAGCCUUUCCUUUAUCAUCACUAGAAAUCUACUGCAAUAUAUAUAAGAGCUGAGAUUUCUUGUUCUUUCUCACCUUCAUUUGUCACCUAAUUGGCAGGAAUAAUUUUGACCAGCAGAUUAAUCAGCCCUGCUAAGAAGGAUCCUCAUACAACGAGGUAAUCAUAAAGAUGAAACCACUGUGCCUGAUCACAGGCCUUCUGGCCCUUGCAGCAUGUUUCUUGCCUGGUGAGAGUCACAGAGGUCCCAGGAGACGAUAUCCACCUAGGCCACUGCUUCCUCCCCCUCUACGGUUUCCUUUUGGUCCAGGAUUUGCUCCACGUCUUCCUCCACCUUAUGGCCCAGGGAGAAUUCCACCACCCCCUCCUCAGUUUUUUGGCCCCGGGAGAAUUCCACCACCCCCUCCUCAGUUUUUUGGCCCCGGGAGAAUUCCACCACCUCCUCCUUUAUUCCCCAAUGGCCCAGGUUAUCCAUAUCCAGCUUUCCAACAAAGACGUUAUCUAAUUCGAUUUCCAUUCAUCCCUAGAUUCUCUCUGAUGUAUCCUUUUGUCCUCACACCCCAAAUACAAACUACUACAACAACAGGUUCCGCUACAACCACAACUGACCCCACUACCACCCAAACAGACUCUGCCACUCCCAUGACAGCUUCUCCUCCCCAAGAGACAAAGACCACUUCUACUCCCCAAGAGACUACUAUCGCUUCUACUCCCCAAGAGACAAUGACAGCUUCUCCUCCCCAAGAGACAAAGACCACUUCUCCUCCCCAAGAGACAACUGCUUCUACUCCCCAAGAGACUACUAUUGCUUCUACUCCCCAAGAGACUACUAUUGCUUCUACUCCCCAAGAGACAACAACUGCUUCUCCUCCUCUAGAAACAACUACCACUUCUCCUCCCCAAGAGACAACCGCUUCUCCUCCCCAAGACACUACUAUUGCUUCUAUACCCCAAGAGACAACAACUGCUUCUACUCCCCAAGAAACAACUACCACUUCUCCUCCCCAAGAGACAACGACUGCUUCUACUCCCCAAGAGACUACUAUAGCUUCUACCCCCCAAGAGACAACAACAGCUUCUCCUCCCCAAGAGACAACGACUGCUUCUACUCCCCAAGAGACAACAACUGCUUCUCCUCCUCUAGAAACAACUACCACUUCUCCUCCCCAAGAGACAACCGCUUCUCCUCCCCAAGACACUACUAUUGCUUCUAUACCCCAAGAGACAACAACUGCUUCUACUCCCCAAGAAACAACUACCACUUCUCCUCCCCAAGAGACAACGACUGCUUCUACUCCCCAAGAGACUACUAUAGCUUCUACCCCCCAAGAGACAACAACAGCUUCUCCUCCCCAAGAGACAACGACUGCUUCUACUCCCCAAGAGACAACAACAGUUUCUCCUCCCCAAGAGACAACAACCACAUCUACUCCCCAAGAGACAAUGACAGCUCCUCUUCCCCAAGAGACAACUACCACUUCUACUUCCCAAAAGACAAGUCUCAAGACCUUUUUAGAUAGACUCCUUUCAAUUUUUGGAUAAGAAUGAGAUAUUCCAUAAGCUCUAACCUUUGGGAGGAAUAAUCUUAGAAAGAAACUGUAAAACAACCCACAUAAACAUUAUGACAACAAAGUGAAAAUAAAGAGUUGAGCAACAAUA